AUGGAAUACAGCAAGAGUCCUUCCCCUCCUUCAAAGAGGAUGCAAGCACAAGCAAUUGACUCAGAAGGUCCAUAUCGGCUGCUUUUUUGUUCAAGCAAAGGUGACAAAGCAGGAGUGUUACAGGAGUUAGAUAAAGGGGUGGAACCCAUUCUGGCUGAUUAUGACAAGAGAACAGCUCUUCAUCUGGCAUCUUGUGAAGGCUGUACUGAAGUUGUGAAACUACUUCUUGAGAAAGGAGCAGAUGUGAAUUCUAUAGAUCGUUGGGGUCGCACUUUGAUAUCAGAAAAUUUUCAGCCUCUGUCAGAUGCUCGUAGCUUUGGCCAUGAAGAUAUUUGCAAGAUUUUGGAAGCUCGAGGUGGAAUAGAUCCGGUAGGUCUGGACUCUCAGACUGCUUGCUAUGAGAUUGAUUACUCUGAAGUGGACAUGGAUGAUGCAAUACUCAUUGGAGAAGAAAUAUUGCAGGGAUCAUAUGGUGAAGUUUACUUAGUGAAAUGGCGUGGUACAGAAGUAGCAGCAAAGACGAUCCGUUCCUCCAUUGCAUCAGAUCCAAGGGUGAAGAAUACCUUCUUGAAGGAACUGGGGUUGUGGCAAAAGUUGCGCCAUCCUAAUAUAGUGCAGUUCCUCGGUGUUUUAAAGCAGUCUGAUCGGUUGAUCUUCCUCACGGAGUACCUUCGCAAUGGAAGUUUGUAUGACGUACUGAAAAGGAAGGGAAGACUUGAUUGGCAAACAGCAGUUGGCUAUGCUUUAGACAUUGCAAGACAAUUAGAUGCACUUGCAUUUCCUGUUAUGUAUUACCCUGUUAGAAGUGUAAUCGUAUGUCAAAUCAUAAGAGUUUCUGACUCAACUUCUCCAAAUAACACCUUUCCUCGUACCCCAAUGCUAGUGAGAGCAGCAAAUGACAAAUCGAAUGUUAAUAACCUCAUAGAUGAGUCUGGCCACCUAAAGGUUACCGACUUUGGCUUAAGCAAAAUUGCACAGGAAAAGGAUGCCCAAGGUUACAAAAUGACUGGAGGAACAGGUUCAUAUCGUUACAUGGCACCUGAGGUUUAUCGUCGAGAGUCCUAUGGGAAAAGCGUUGAUGUCUUCUCCUUUGCUCUCAUAGUACAUGAGAUCUUCCAAGGGGGGCCAUCAAAUAGGACAGCACUUCCUGAGCAUGUUGCAGACAAGCGGGCAUAUGAAGAUGUUCGACCAUCUUUAUCCUCAUUUCUAUACCCUGAUCCAAUUAAGAAGCUUCUUCGAGAGUGUUGGCACAAGAAUCCUGAAAGUCGACCAACAUUUGAAGAGAUAAUAUCAAAGCUAGAGUCAAUCGAGGAGAGUUUCCGAAAUAAGAAUGCUACAGGAGGCUGCUGUUCCUGUUUCAUCUUAUAA